GCGAAGAAGAAUCGCGGCAUUUCAGUGAGCGCGAGCUCUUUGUGUCAGCAGCAGCUAGCAGUUAGCAGCUAACGUUAUAACGCUAAGCCUUAGCAUCAGAUUAGCCUCAUCACAGCCUCAUCACAGCCUCCAGGUGUUCCGGUCAUCACGCUACAGACAAUAAAUCAGCUGACUUGUUACCAUGGCGCUGAGACGAGGACACAUCAGGUACCUGAAGGUGUGCGAGGUGCAGGCCUCUCAGAGUGAUGUCAGAGACGGGCAGCCUAAAGGAGCCUCCACUGGAAAGGAGCUGUACGAUAACGGCUACAGCGAGCAGAUGAUGGACGACGAGGACAGCAGAACCAACCUGAUCGUCAACUAUCUGCCGCAGAGCAUGAGCCAAGACGAGCUGAGGAGCCUCUUCAGCAGCGUCGGAGACGUCGAGUCCGCAAAACUGAUCCGGGACAAAGUGGCAGGCCACAGUUUAGGUUACGGCUUUGUUAACUUUGUUAACCCUAAUGAUGCAGAGAGGGCUAUCAGUACCCUCAAUGGCCUGAGGCUACAGUCUAAAACUAUCAAGGUGUCGUUCGCGCGGCCGAGUUCGGACACGAUCAAAGACGCUAACCUGUACAUCAGCGGGCUGCCGAGGACGCUGAGCCAGCAGGACCUGGAGGACAUGUUCACUCGCUUCGGACACAUCAUCAACUCCAGAGUGCUGGUGGAUCAGGCUUCCGGUCUGUCCAGGGGCGUGGCCUUCAUCCGCUUCGAUAAGCGCGCCGAGGCCGAGGACGCCGUCAAACACCUGAACGGCCACACGCCUCCCGGCAGCUCCGAGCCAAUCACCGUCAAGUUCGCAGCCAAUCCCAACCAGGCUCGCAACUCCCAGAUGAUGUCACAGGUCUACCACGGCCAAUCACGGCGCUUCGGAGGACCGGUCCAUCACCAGGCCCAGAGGUUCAGGUUUUCUCCGAUGAGUGUGGAGCACAUGGGCGGGGGGGGCGGGACCUCCAGCUCCUCCUCCUCCGGUUGGUGCAUCUUCAUCUAUAAUUUGGGGCAGGAAGCGGACGAGGCGAUCCUGUGGCAGAUGUUCGGGCCGUUCGGCGCCGUCGUGAACGUGAAAGUGAUCCGAGACUUCAACACCAACAAGUGUAAAGGCUUCGGGUUCGUUACCAUGACGAACUACGAGGAGGCUGCCAUGGCGAUACACAGCCUGAACGGUUAUCGCCUCGGAGACAAAGUGCUGCAGGUGUCUUUCAAAACCAGCAAGGGACACAAGUAGGG